CAGAAGUAGAAACAGAGGGAGAGAGAGAGAGAGAGAGAAAAGAGAGGGAGUCAAACCGUGCAGACUUUGUAGUUGCUGGGAGCCGCGUGACAGACUGCAGAUGCCGACAGAUGCGCCCGAAGACAGGAUCAGCAACGAGGAAACACCGGCUAAGUGUGACGGUAUGACUCUGUCCAGCACCCCAACGGUUCGCAGAGGAAGCACCCCUCUGCCAAUUAAGCACCAGCUGAGACGGGAAGAAGCUGUGCACGAUGAUUGUGAUUGGAUGUCAGGGGCAGCUGGACCUUCUCCUCCGCCAAUUAGCCUCAGCCCAGCGUUGGAUGACAGUCUGACUGGGCAGGUAGAGGGCAGGCAAGAUGGACCCCUGCGGAUCGCCCUUCUGGGGCAGAACGGGGUGGGGAAGUCAUCCCUGGCUAUCACCCUCGCUGGAGAUAUGGACAGGACUGCAUCGGUGGAUUCUGACGGGGAGGGCUACGUGCGCACAGUCACCGUGGAUGAUGAGGAGAGCAUCAUCAUUAUCUAUGACAACUGGAGACAGGACCUGUUGGCUCUGCAGUGUGAGGUGUGUGUUCUGGUGUUUUCGGUGACAGACAGGCGCAGUUUCCACCGCACCGCUCAGCUGCGACUUCUCCUGAGGGAGACUCAGCCACAAACUCCAAUCAUCCUCGUCGGUAACAAGAGUGACCUCGUCCGCUCACGUGAGGUCACCCCUCAAGAGGCCAUGUCCAGUGCAGCCCUCUUCGACUGCCUGUACAUCGAGAUCUCCGCCUCUCUAGAUCACCGGACCCCAGAGCUGCUGGAGUGUGCAGUUAGGCUCGCCAGGGGCCAGGCCCCGUGGCCCCCAGGGACCAGCGGGGAGGACAUGAGCGGAGGGGGCCAGCGUGAAAGCAUAACCUCCCGUGCCAAGCGUUUCCUGUCCAGCUUGGUGCCCCGGUAUCCCCGAGAAAGAGAGCGAGAAGUAGGCAAGUUCCUCAGGCAGAAGUCCCGGUCCUGUCACGACUUGGGAGCACUGUGAUGGUGGAGGAGGAGCUUAAUGGCUAGGUUGUUAACAGAGAUAGCUGGAAGUAAUGUAAUAUACAAAGAGAGCAAGGCAAAGAGAGUAAUAGAACAGUGUAGUGGAUACGAGGCAGAGAAAUACAAGGAAGUUACAGAGAUGAGGAGGCAUGAAUGUGAAGCUGCCAGAGCGAUGGCAGGGCGAUGUCAUGAGUGGUGAAGGUGUGCACGCAGCAAAGAAGAGCAGGGAGAGGGGCAACCAGGUAGAAGUGAUGUUUAUGCAUAGGAUAAUAGAUAUUUUGUACACAGCAUCCAACACUGAAGAGUGUUCAUUAAGAUACUGUCUUAGAACAUAUGUAAAUAGAUUGUAGUGGUGAUAUAGUUGCCACCCGUAUUGUUUUGAGAACAAAAUAAAUUGCUUUUAUGAGUCCUG